AUGGAGGCGCCGGCGUCGCACGCACGUGAUUGGUCCUCUCUCCCGGCGGACGUUCUCGUCCAGAUCCUGGAUCAUCUGCGGUGGUCGAGCCACCCGAGCUUCGGCCUAGUGUGCCGGCAGUGGCAAUCCGCGCGCGCCUUCUCGCCCUUCUACCCCGCGUGGAUCACUCCUCUGCUCCUCAACGCCACCGACGUCGGAGCCACCAACCUGCGCUACUACAGCCCCUACUACCACAAGAACUUCGAGACCGCCUCCACGCUCAGGACGCCCGACGUCAAGAUCGUCUGCGCCACCGGAGAACACCUGGCGCUAUGCUCCGAGGACCUAAUCCUCGACGCCCAGCUCUUGUCCGGCGACGUCCACGAGCUACCGCCGACCAAGAACGCCAUGUUCGACUCCGUUGUCUAUGACGGCGCGCGCACCAUGUUCGGCGUCGACACGCAGUUUGGUAUGCUAGGAAUCGCCCGCUGCAUCCGAGACAACACCGUCGACGCAUGGGGGGACUGGGACUUCGCGAGUUCUGACCAUGACCAACCAAGCUUUUUGACAUCGCAGGAUUGCAACCCGGUACUCCGUGACGGCUUCCUGUAUCUGCUGGGGAAAGAUGGUGCGUUCGCGGUGUACGACGACAGCAGGCACGACGAAGGAUUUAAUAUUCUCGAGAAGCCCCAGAGUUUUAUGUUCGACCACAAACAUAGCUACUUGGCAAAGUCUGAUCGAGGUGAGCUGAUGGCCGUCCUCAUUGGCCAUCGUGGGACGCCCGUCAACGUCGUCAAGCUGAAUGAGCACACGAUGCAGUGGGAGAAAUUGGAAAGCCUAGACGGGAGAGCCUUGUUCACUGGCACCUUGACAACGACGGUGAAGAAGACUAAUAUCAAAUGGAUGCAGAACAAGAUUUUCCUCCCGAGGCUCUAUGAUUGGCCUCAGAACAUACAUGUUGAUCUGGUCCAACGUGAAGAUGAUGUUGCCUUUGUCCCAAAAGAUGGACACGCAUAUACCACGGUGAAGCAUGACGAUUAUGGGACAAAAGUCUGGUCUUAUGAGUUGGGACAGCCUCAAGAGGCAAUGGAGUUUUGGGGGACAGAGAGAGUUAAUUAUGGUAUUUGGGUCGAUUUUAGCACGUAG